AUGGAGUCGGUCACUGCUCAACAGCGGAAGAAGAUCCUCCGCGUGCUCUUCAUCUCUUUGCUUCUUGACCUGAUCUCUUUCACGUUCAUUCUGCCUCUGUUCCCUUCACUUCUCACCUUCUAUCGAAGUCUAGAAACCCACCCUUCGUCCGCCCUCAAUCGCAUUCUCCACUACCUGAAUGCCUACAAACAGUCUUUCGCCGUCCCCAUCAAUGCAAAAUAUGAUAUCAUUCUUUUGGGAGGUGCACUGGGAUCCUUGUUCUCCCUCUUGCAGGCGAUUGCCAGCCCGAUCAUUGGUCGGGCUUCAGACAAAUAUGGGAGAAGAAAAGCACUGCUUUGGAGCAUGUGCGGGAAUAUCGCGAGCGUGGCACUGUGGUGUGUCGCGGUGGACUUCCGUACAUUCUUACUGAGCAGGAUUGUCGGUGGAUUGAGCGAGGGCAAUGUUCAGCUGGCGACGGCUAUUGCGACAGAUAUCAGCACCGAUGCUCAGCGCGGAUCCACUAUGGCUCUUGUUGGGGCAUGUUUCAGCAUUGCUUUCACCUUUGGACCGGCAAUGGGCGCAGCUCUGGCCAGCAUCACAACAGUAGUGGCCAAUCCGUUUGCGACAGCUGCCGGCUUCUCACUGCUGUUGAUUGUGGUCGAAACCCUGUAUUUGUAUCUUCGGCUUCCGGAGACUCUCCCCCCCAAAUCCUCGACUUUUGAUUCAAAGGCUGCUCGAACUGCCCCAAAAUCGUCCAAGCACACCAACAACCCGGCCAUUCUCAAUGUCAUCCAUUUUCUUUUCCUCCUACCUUUCUCCGGACUGGAAUUCUCCCUACCUUUUUUGAUCACCUCCGUUCUUUACCCUGACCAUCUGUCGCCCUCCAAGUUGAAUGGACGGUUGCUUGGGUUUGUUGGAUUGGUCGCGUCCCUCCUUCAAGGCUCGAUCGUGCGACGCUUGCCCCCAUUGGUCGUCGUGAGGGUGGGCGUGGUAUCUUGUACCCUGGCAUUUUUCCUACUUUCUCGGGUCCGGGAUACAGUUGGGCUGUAUUGCGCUGGCGCAUUACUAGCUGUGACUUCAGCUACAGUGGUGACGGGCCUGAAUAGUUUGGGAAGUCUUGAAGCAAAAGAAAGUAACCGAGGGGAAGUUUUGGGCGCUCUGCGCAGCUGGGGGCAACUUGGGAGAGCUUUGGGCCCGAUUGUGUUUUGCAGUCUAUUUUGGUGGGCAGGUCGAGAAACUGCUUACGUGGUGGGCGGCAGCGGCAUGUUGUUUGUGACGGGCCUUGUCAUGACUGUGCUGAAGACUCCCAAACUGGAAAAGAAGGAGCCAUGA